UGAAGGCGAGAGUGGAGAUGUAUGUGCAGGCACCUGGCGUGACAGCAUGACACCUGUUUUACACGUGCCCUGGAGUGGGGGCUUCUCAGGGCAGGGACCUUACCUUGUUUCGUGACCCCUUUAGCACAGGGCUGGGCAUAUAUGGUUAGUACUCAAGAAAUGCCUCUUGUGGAACAAAGACUGGUUUAUCCCAGGAGAUUGGAUAUAGUUCCCUGUGCUAUACGAGCUGAGGACCCUGCGUGUCUGUUCCUUCGGGCCUGGAUGCAAAGGCAGAUGCGGGCGGUGCAGUGAGCAAGGCCUGGCAGCUGGAACAGUGCAGGCCCUGUGUGUCCAUGGAGCUGCUGGCCGAGGGGACUUCUGCCCAGCUCCGCCUGCCAGGCUCGGAGAAACCAGAGGCCUAGGUGCACAGGGGUGGGUGUCGGCAGACAGAUGCUCCCCAGGCUGCGGGGUUUCCUGCGUGGACUGCUGGGCGGCUGUGCCAAAGGUGGAGGAUGCCGGCCAAGGGGCGCUACUUCCUCAACGAGGGCGAGGAGGACCCCAGCCACGACACGCUCUACGAGAAGUACCGCCUCACCAGCCAGCACGGGCCGCUGCUGCUCACGCUCCUGUUGGUGGCCAUCACUGCCUGCGCCGUCCUCAUCGUCAUCGCCUUCAGCUACGGGGACCCCUCCCGACACCAGGCUGUCCUGGGGACGGCGUUCUUCACGCUUGCUGUGUUUGUGGCUCUCUACGCGCUCGUGUAUGUUGAGUGCCUCGUCCGCCGGUGGCUCAGGGCCUCGGCGCUGCUCGUCUGGGCCUGCCUUGUGACGCUGGGCUACGUGCUGGUGUUUGACUCAUGGAUGAAGGAGGCCUGUGACUGGGAGCAGGUGCCCUUCUUCCUGUUCGUGGUCUUCGUGGUGUACACGCUGCUGCCCUUCAGCACGCGGGGUGCCGUCGUGGCCGGGGUCGUCUCCAGCACCUCCCACCUCCUGGUGCUUGGCGCGCUGAUGGGGGCCUUCACCACGCCCAGCAUCCGGGUAGGGCUGCAGCUGCUGGCCAAUGCUGUGGUCUUCCUGUGCGGGAACCUCACGGGCGCCUUCCACAAGCACCAGAUGCAGGAUGCCUCCCGAGACCUCUUCACCUACACUGUGAAGUGCAUCCAGAUCCGUCGUAAGCUGCGCAUCGAGAAGCGCCAGCAGGAGAACCUGCUGCUGUCCGUGCUGCCGGCCCACAUCUCCAUGGGCAUGAAGCUGGCCAUCAUCGAGCGGCUCAAGGAGCGUGGGGACCGCCGCUACCUGCCUGACAACAACUUCCACAGCCUCUACGUCAAGCGGCACCAGAACGUCAGCAUCCUCUAUGCUGACAUCGUGGGCUUCACGCAGCUGGCCAGCGACUGCUCCCCAAAAGAGCUGGUGGUGGUGCUGAACGAGCUCUUCGGAAAGUUCGACCAGAUUGCCAAGGCCAACGAAUGCAUGCGGAUCAAGAUCCUGGGCGACUGCUACUACUGCGUGUCAGGCUUGCCCGUGUCCCUGCCCAGCCACGCCCGCAACUGUGUGAAGAUGGGGCUGGACAUGUGUGAGGCCAUUAAGCAGGUGCGGGAGGCCACAGGCGUGGACAUCAGCAUGCGUGUGGGCAUACACUCGGGGAACGUGCUGUGCGGUGUCAUCGGGCUGCGCAAGUGGCAGUAUGAUGUGUGGUCCCAUGACGUGUCCCUGGCCAACAGGAUGGAGGCAGCUGGAGUCCCUGGCCGGGUGCACAUCACAGAGGCGACGCUGAACCACCUGGACAAGGCGUAUGAGGUGGAGGACGGGCACGGGCAGCAGCGGGACCCCUACCUGAAGGAGAUGAACAUCCGCACCUACCUGGUCAUCGACCCCCGGAGCCAGCAGCCGCCCCCGCCCAGCCUACACCUCACCAAGUCCAAGGGGGACGCGACCCUGAAGAUGCGGGCCUCCGUGCGCAUGACCCGCUACCUCGAGUCCUGGGGGGCGGCGCGGCCCUUCGCACACCUCAACCAACGCGAGAGCGUGAGCAGCAACGAGACCCCUGUGCCCCACGGGCGGAGGCCCAAGGCCAUUCCGCUGCGGCGCCACCGGACCCCUGACAGAAGUGCGUCCCCCAAGGGGCGGUCAGAGGAUGACUCAUACGACGAUGAGAUGCUGUCAGCCAUCGAGGGCCUCAGCUCCACGAGACCCUGCUGCUCCAAGUCUGAUGACUUCUCCACCUUUGGGUCCAUCUUCCUGGAGAAGGGCUUCGAGCGAGAGUACCGCCUGGCACCCAUCCCGCGGGCCCGCUACUACUUUGCUUGUGCCAGCCUUGUCUUCAUCUGCAUCCUGCUCGUCCAUGCCCUGCUGAUGCCCAGGAUGGCGGCUCUGGGUGUGUCCUUUGGGCUGGUGGCCUGCGUGCUCGGGCUGGUACUAGGCUUGUGCUUUGCCCGUGAGCUCUUGAGGUGCUGCCCGGCCCGGGGCGCGCUCCGAGCCAUCUCCGAGAGGGUGGAGACGCAGCCCCUGCUGCGGGCGUCCCUGGCCGUCCUGACCAUCGGCAGCCUGCUCACUGUCGCUGUCAUCAACCUGCCGCUGAUGCCUUUCCCGGCCCCAGGGCUGCCUGCUGGGAACGAGACGGGCCCGGGGGCCAUGAGCGGCUGGGAGAGGACCCUGUGCAAGCCCCUCCCGUAUUACACCUGCAGCUGCAUCCUGGCCUUCAUCGCCUGCUCUGUCUUCCUGCGGAUGAGCCUGGAGCUGAAGGUCGUGCUGUUGACGGUGGCCUUGGUGGCCUACCUGGUGCUCUUCAACGUCUCCCCGUGCUGGCAGUGGGACUGCUGUGGCCACAGCCUGGGCAACCUCACCAAGGCCAAUGGCACCCUCAGCUCCCCGUCCUGUUCAUGGGAUCUGAAGACAAUGAUCAAUUUCUACCUGGUCCUGUUUUACACCACCCUCAUCAUGCUCUCCAGACAGAUUGACUAUUACUGCCGCUUGGAUUGUCUGUGGAAGAAGAAGUUCAAGAAGGAACACGAGGAGUUUGAAACCAUGGAAAAUGUGAACCGCCUUCUUCUAGAGAAUGUCCUGCCAGCCCACGUGGCCGCCCACUUCAUUGGUGACAAGUUAAACGAGGACUGGUACCAUCAGUCCUACGACUGCGUGUGUGUCAUGUUUGCAUCCGUGCCGGACUUCAAAGUAUUCUACACGGAGUGCGACGUCAACAAGGAAGGGCUGGAGUGCCUGCGCCUGUUGAACGAGAUCAUAGCUGACUUUGACGAGCUGCUGUUAAAGCCCAAGUUCAGUGGUGUGGAGAAGAUCAAGACCAUCGGCAGCACGUACAUGGCAGCUGCAGGGCUCAGCGUCCCCUCAGGGCACGAGAACCAGGACCUGGAGCGGCAGCACGCCCACAUCGGCAUCAUGGUGGAGUUCAGCACCGCCCUGAUGAGCAAGCUGGAUGGCAUCAACCGGCACUCCUUCAACUCCUUCCGCCUCCGAGUUGGCAUAAACCAUGGGCCCGUGAUUGCUGGAGUGAUUGGGGCACGAAAACCUCAGUACGAUAUCUGGGGAAACACGGUCAACGUUGCCAGUCGAAUGGAGAGCACCGGAGAACUUGGGAAAAUCCAGGUUACUGAAGAGACAUGUACCAUCCUCCAGGGACUAGGUUAUUCUUGUGAAUGCCGUGGACUGAUUAACGUCAAAGGCAAAGGUGAACUGCGGACUUACUUUGUCUGUACGGAUACUGCCAAGUUUCAAGGGUUGGGGCUGAACUGAGAGUUUUAGGUAGGUGCAGAACAUGCUGGAAGCCGAUUUCCUUCCCUGAAGCAAGCCAGGGGGAAGGCUCAGCCCCACGUCAGUCACAAAGGCAGUCCAAGGGUUUGGCCAUUACCACCCCUAGCAGGUGGUUGUGCAUGGCUUCCUUGAACUGGCACUAGAGGAUUUCUCAGCUUGAGGUGACCACCAAGCCUUACACACAGGCAGCCAGAACCUCUGUGCUGUCGGAGUCUGCAACUCGGCCUCCGGCACAGCAGAGAACGGCUCAUUUGUGAGUUUUAGACCCUCAUUUCCCCAGGUGCUGUGGAGGAGACCUCAGAGCAUGACCUGGAGAACCCCGCCCACCCCUACUCCCCCUUGGCCUGUGAGCUGCACAGGCGAGACUCCUUUUUCUUUUCUUGUCCAGGAUGGGUGGAGACUCCUUUCUCCCCAGCAGAACAGCUACAAGAGUCCACGUCUCUCAUACAGGCAUUCUGGUCAAGAGUUGAAAGGGUGUUUGUUUUAAAUCUAUAAAUGGUUUCAAACAAUAGGGAGAAAACCCCACAGUGGACACUUCUUACUUCUUGUCAUCUUUGGCAUGUGUCUGUUGUAAAUGGAUACAUUGUUAAUGGAGGUAUUUAUUAUCCUUUAAAUGACUUCUGAGAUGCUAGACAAAUUAUCUUCUCUGCCUUUGUAACCACUGACACAUACGUGGGACCACGGUCCAGUGUGAGCAUAUGGGAUCAGCUCAGCUGUGGGUGGAGCCCAGAGCAAUGUGGCUCACAGUAGGAAGGCAAGGAGUGUCACAGCCUUGGCUUUGAAUCAAACAACUUUGAAGCCAGAAUUUUGAGAUUAGGUUUAAUGAGAAAAGCCUAGAAAAUAAGGUAUAAGCUCUUAGCCCUUCCUUGACUCCUCACGCAUUUUUGAGCACCCGCUGCAACCUCCAACUCUUAGCUUUAUACUGGAAAGGAAUGGAGUCCGUGUGGAGAGAAGCCUGUAGUUCUUUCCUUUCCUUCAGUCCUCAUAGCUAGCUUUGCAGAGCUUCAACACUAAGAGGAUCUACUCAGCAUCAGCACGUGUAGAGGUUCCUGUAUCUGGGAAGCCAGCCCUCUCACAGGUGCUCGGAUGUUCUUGUUCUGAACUGAAUGAAUCAAGGCAAGUGAAAAAGCCAGGUCUGUGAGGUGGUGUCUUACAGCACUUUAGCUCCAAAAGAAUGGAAAGAAGUCUACCUAUGUUGUUUCAAGGUGAGAAAUAAUAACCGAACUGCCCAUUCCUUUUUCUGAACUGACUUCAUUACCUCAUAACCACAGUAUCCCCGGGGUUUCUAAUAAAUACAGCUGAAUUUCACUAUAUAGCAGGAAUUCUUAGCCAGAAGUCAUCCCUGAACUCCCCUGAAAUUACACAGAAAAUCUUGCAUACGUGAGGCUUCAAAAGACCACACAACGCUGCAGACAGGUGACUGAGCAGCCAGGUCUGCCUGGGACGGAGGGCUGUGGGCUGAGCUGGCACCCCAGCCACGGGCAGGGAGGGACUGGAGCCGAAGCUGCUGCCUGCUGGUGCUGUGUCUUGUUGGGGGCUGGGUGGGCUCUUGGCAGAGCUGAUGCUCUGCAUGAAACUGGAAUAGGUAGGAAUAAAUCACAACAACUUGCUGGCCUAAAGGAAUUUCAUUGUGAAAACGCUGGUAAGGGAAAUAAGCCGUACUUAAAUUGCCUUUUUUACACACCAGUUCUUCAUCUAAGUACUAUGCUGAAAUCCGUACCCUUAAAAUGAGGAGUGACCAGGGCUGCUCAACAGGGCUCUCCUGGGAAGUCGGGAAGGUUCUGUUACUGAUAUGGUGUAGACACUCAUCAGUGUGCUGGGCCUCUCUGAGGUGGACAUACUUCUGCUCUUGCAAUAUGCAAAUUACUUUUUUCCUCCAGCAAAGAAAUCCCAGUUGGGAGUUUUAAAAAAUAAUUGGUUACCAUUCAUGUAUUUUUCUUUCACUGUGCUCAGAUGAUAAGAAUAUUAAGUUUUGAGUUUUUGAUGAUCAGAUCAUAGUGUAUAACUAACUGACCGUAAAAAUCACUUAUUUUUCAUAAAUUUGUUUUCCAAUUACCAAGUCAUUUCUUCACAGGUGUCAUUUUGCUUUAUGACAAGUAUCUUUCCUAACACUGACCUUCUCUAUGGGUCAGGGACCUGCUUCCAAUUUCUACUGAGGUGGCCUCACUGAUGCUAGUGAAAAUCACACCUGAAGUUGUCUGGUUUACUUAUUAAGAAAAUUUCCUGACAAGAUCAUUAACCACUGUAUACAUUGUGUAUAUGUACAGAAAUAUGCUUUGAGAAAGUACAUGCAAAUGACUAGGGGUUAUUCUGUAUACUGAAUAUUUAUAGACCUGUAACAUUUGUUUCAAAAUGUUAUAAUUUCAUUUUUAUAAAGCAACGGUGUUUCUCCUUUGUUUGGCUUUUCAUAGAUUAAAUUAGCAAUUUGG